CAUACGCACACUCGUUGGAGAGAGACUGUGGCUCGCUAGGGGAGCAGUGCAGAGUAGCGGGGGCAGUUGUGACAGAAAACGAAAAAGCAGCACUGUGGUGUCACCACAACCAUAGAAGAUGGUGCUGAAGGCACAGUGAUGCCACCGACAACUACGCAUCAGUUACACAGACAGAAAAGCUGUUCAGCAAACAUCUCAGACAUUUCAACAGCCGAGCAUCGUGCUGAUUUGCAAUUCUCAGCAGCAGCAUUCAUCAAGAGACAAAUGUUGUUCCCUGAACUUCUUGCACUACUAUUUUGAUGAAAGUUUUUGUGAAUGGGGAUCCUGUUGUGGUCACAUCACAGGAGAGUUAAAAGCUUUGGCUAGCAGGGUUCAGCAAGAACAGAAAACAGUAAAUUAGCAUCUAAAAGGGAAAGAGGAAAUAAAUAAAUAAGCGAGUCGCAUUUCGCCAUGGAGACAGCCAUUUUAGAUUGUAUGCACCAUAAUAAAUGGGAGCAGUCAAACACUCAGAGUGAACAUGUUCGCUAACAUUAUUAAUGAGCGCACAUCUUGUAUUUAUUCAUUCUUUGCAAAAAGUAAGGACUUUCAUCUAGCUUCAAUCAGAAGAAAUAUAACAAUGGUUCAGGUAAAGCUCCAGUGAUAAUGACAUCAGGUGAUCUUGAGUGAAACACCAGUGAUAAUGUUGUCGAGUGUGAUGCUGGGCGUCUUCCUGUCACUCCUCAUCCUCCUGACUGUCAGUGGUAAUGUGCUGGUGUGCCUGGCUGUCUGCGCCUCUCGACGCCUUCGCUGCCUCACUAACUGCUUCAUUGUGUCACUGGCUGUGACGGACUUGCUGCUCGGCCUCUUGGUCCUCCCUUUCUCCGCCCUCCUACAGCUCAACGAUGAGUGGCCUCUUGGCCCGGUUUUCUGUAACUUCUACAUCUCCAUGGAUGUCAUGCUGUGCACCGCCUCCAUCCUCACCCUCCUGACCAUCAGUGUGGACCGCUACCUGGCCGUGACCAUGCCUCUGAGAUAUACCUCACUGGUACUGCCAUGGAGAGUUGCUGUGGCCAUGGCCAGUGUUUGGACAGUGUCUGUGGCCGUGUCUUUCCUGCCCAUUCAAAUGGGCUGGAACACUGUUAAUGGGACAGUACAGAACCAGGGACCUUGGGCUCCAGAGAGGAGGUGUCGUUUUGAGCUGAACAGACCUUAUGUACUGACCGACUCACUUCUCACUUUCUACCUGCCUCUGAUAGCAAUGUGCUGGACCUACCUCCAAAUACUUCGAAUUGCACGGGCACAGGCAAAACGCAUCAUCAGCGCUCGACCCACUUGCCUCAACAGCCACAACUGCAGGAACAAUCCUUCCACCAGUUCCAGUGUGGUUUCUAGUGUUUCAGCAGUGGCUCUGCGGGAGCACAAAGCCACAGUGACACUGGCAGCAGUGAUAGGAGCUUUUGUGGUGUGCUGGCUUCCGUAUUUCAUCCUGUUCACAGUGCUGGGUCUGAAGGAGCAUCCAGACCCAAGUACAGUACCAGAAUAUCCCAUUGUGUUGUGGCUUGGUUACGCCAACUCAGCCCUCAACCCGAUCCUCUAUGGAGCCCUCAACAGGGACUUCAGGUCAGCCUACACCCAUUUACUGAGAUGUCGAUGCCCUACUUACAGUGGGUGGAUGAGCCGACAACCAUCUCCCACCGUAGCAACAGCCAGAGAUGAGCUUACAGAGGUGACGCUGCUGUGUGGCCACACUCCUUCCACCUGCAGGGCAGGUCAAACAGAUCAAACCUUCAUGCUUCAAGAAAUGAACAGCAGUGCAAGCCCCACAACCAUCCAAUUCACAAAUGGCACUGCUGCCACAGAUGCCAGUAACAAUGAAGGGUCAUGCUGAGUCUGUGCUGGUGGGGUGGAUGUUGCGUUCGCUACGCUGCUGUUGCAACCAAGAACCAGAAGCCAUCAGCCUAAGAUGACAGAGCAACACACGGAGAAAACGACAGACAGAGACUUACAGCCCCUCUAUUUGGAAGCCUUCAUGCCACCGCAGAAGCAUUCGUAAUACACCAUCAAUCACUCCAUCCAUAAUCAAAGUGACAAAAAUGAGAAAUGUGGGACCUCAGCAACUGCACACCUCAUCAACAGGAAAUAACUGCAUCUGCUCAAGACCAAACAAAUGAAGACGCCUCUGAAUGGAUGGAGCUAAAAGUCUAGGUGACUAAGAAAAUCCUCCCACUUCAAACCAAACAUCAAACAGGCCAACACGUGGCCCUGAUGUUCCUGAACUAACUGCAGAUUGUAUGAAGCACUGGAGGACUAAAUGCAGCCAGCCAAUUAACUCCCUGGUCGUUAAUUUCAUGAACUACAUUUUUUAUGAGGACUCGAGAGUGCACUCCUGUGGACACAGGAAGUAUCACAACUUCAUCCUGGACAGAGUAAAUGGAAAUGGGUGUUACACAAAAUCAGGGAAUGGAAGGGGGAAAAAAAGAUAAAUGGACUUGUAUUAAACCUAUCACUUUAUGUGGACUGUGUUUAAAUGUGUGACAUUUGUGUGUGUGUGGCAUGCAAACUAAUGGUAUGUGUCUAUUUUGAAAAAUGCAGUCGCCUCCAGACUUUGUCUUUACUGUUGCUCAUUCAGUGGCACAAAGCUGGAAAAUGUAUCACGUUGUAAAAGUAAAUGAGGACUGAAAAUGACAUGUAUUGUUCCUCAAAAGUAGAAAAUUACAACCAUACUGUACCAAUAAAAAGCAGCUUGAAUAAAGAAUAUAAUAUAUACCACCAUUUUGGAGGCAAUACAGAUGGGCUGCAGUUAAGAGUUGAUAGGGUUUAUCGUGUGAGAUGAUACAGAAAACACAGCGUGAGUGUGAAGGAAUACAAGUACAAUGGAAAUAAUUCAUCACAGCUGUCAGCACAAACUACUGCCCCAUUAACACUUAACCUCCUCCAUACUUCAAGCUAUUUCCUUUGAGGACUGACACAGAAGUGUACAUAACGUCUAUCUGCACGUCAACAGCAGGAAACAAGUGUUGGGGGGGAUUUACGACCCAUUCAACCACAUGGAAACACUUAUUUAGUAUUUAUAACGACUGGGGUAGUCAUUGCUGCAAUUAGGCACCACAGAUUUUUUUUCCAACUUUCAUUCAUACCAAGUAGAUUAAUGAAAAUUAAUGCUCCAUUAUGGGAACUUAACAGUCUACACUAAUUCACAC